AUGUGUGCAUUGUGGAUCUACUUCCUACGAUUGCUUCGCUUUUAAAUUCAUAUAGGCUCUAAUAUACACAGUCAUUAAAUUACUCGGUAUGACCAUGAAAAUAAUUAAUCAGAGACUACCUUUUCCAAUCUAUUGUUUAAAGCAAAUUUUAAAUCAAGUUAUCAGCACCUUGAUAUUACCCGAAUUACUUAACAAGAUUUUCAUAGUUUUUAUUCAACUUAAUCAGUAGGUUUUUCAACAACAUAAUAUCGUUAGAAGUUUUUUUUAGGUUAGAAGAUAUUUCUUAUAUAAAUAUCUUUUAGCUAUAGCUUUAAUUCAUGUAGCUUAAUGCAUUUUCAAUAAGAAAUAAGUCUCUUUAAAAAUUUGCAUCGUGCAUAUCUCUCAAGUGUGGAAUCUCAGCUAGAUCAAACAUUAAAAUUCUACUUGAAUCCAAUUGAUGUAAUAUUUAUUCCAAGUCACGCUCAAGAUUUUAUGCCUUUUCAACCCAAUUAGCUAAUUUAUUAUUACUUUAACCCAUAUUUUUUUAAGCGUUUUGGUUAUUAUGUUUUUAUAUUAUUAAAAGCUAUUUUCCAAAUUUAUUAUCAAUUAAUUCUUUUAUGGUAAAAAUAAACAAUAAAUAAAUUUUUUGUGGUUUUUGAAUUUUAUAGGAAUUAGAAAGAUUAUUGUAAGCUUUUAUAAUUUUUUGGAUGA